GACAGACAUCGUCAAACCUCUUGAGCCGGAAGUAAUUUGACGAUAGCGUGAGGGGAGACGUUGUUUUUCCGGUGUUGCUUAAACGCGCCGAAUAAAGUACAGAGAUCCUGGUGGUGCCCUGGUUGUCUAAACAGAAAAGCCUCAGCAAUAAUAUUAUGUCGAUUUUUAAAGGGGAGGUGAUUUGGAGCUGAUGGGGGACGAAAAGGACACCUGGAAAGUAAAAACGUUAGACGAGAUCUUACAAGAGAAGAAACGCAGACGAGAGCUGGAAGAGAAAAGCGAUACCAAACGUCCGAAGAACACGGAUGAUCGGGAAUCCAAACGGGACACUCCGGAGGAAGGGGAGCUACGAGACAACAAAAUGGAAAUAACAAUACGUAAUUCACCAUACACAAGGGAAGACUCGACAGAGGACAGAGGAGAGGAAGAUGAAUCUUUGGCCAUCAAACCCCCACAGCAGAUGGCCAGAAAAGACAAGUCAUACCAUAGAAAAGAGGAGAAGCGAAAAGAUAAGAGGAGACGCAGGAGCCAUUCUGCAGAAGGAGCAGGAAAACAUAUGCGCACAAAAGACAAAGAAAAAGAGAGAGAUACUGAGCGUAGGAAGAGACCAUGGCAGGAGGACACCAAAGGUCGAAGAGAUUAUGAUCGACAGAAGAGAAGAGAUCAGGCCAGAGAUCACUCCCGUAGAGAGAGGUUAUCAGGGACAGUAACCAAAGAGCUUACAUCACAGCUUGAAGAAUCGGAAUCUGUACUUGGUAUCGCCUGCAAUAAUCCUGAUCGGAGCAUCCCUAAUGUUAAUAAUAACUUAUGGCCCUUUAUGUCUGAUGUGGUUGGAAUGUUACCCUCUCGGCCUGUGAAAGAUCGUCUGGAGCAACUAGAGCGACAGCGGGAACGAGAGCGAAAGCUCCGUGAACAGCAGCAUAAAGAGCAGAGGGAACAACGAGAACUAAAAGAGAGAGAGAAAAGAGCAGAGGAGCGGCGCAAAGAAAGAGACAUGCGCAGAGAAGCUGUGCCUUAUCAUAGAGGGGCUCCCGGUGAGGAGUAUGCUGAUAAAAGCCGGCCUCGACACCGUAGCCACAGUCGGAGUCCUAUUCGGCAACAGAGAGAGCCAAAAACAGAGAUCACAGAACAACGCAGAACAGUACGAGAGGGGAAGAUGGAGGAUAAAGAUGUUCUGUCUGAUCUUCAGGAUAUUAGUGACAGUGAAAGGAAGACCGCUUCACCAGAAUCCUCACUAGGCUCUGGAUCUGAGGAUGAUGAUGAUGAUGAUGGUGAUGAGAAUGAUGAGGAAGAGUCCAGCAGUCAGAGUGAAGGAGAUGAGGAGGGUGAGUCAGCAUCAGACUCUGAGGGCUCUGAACAGAGUGGAGAUGAACGACUUUGCAGGCCGUUUACAUUGAUGGACAGCUACAAAACACACUGCAAUAAAGGUGAAUUAAGUGAUGAAGAACAGUCAGAAGAGGAGGAAGAGGACAGAGAGAAUGGAAAUCACAUUCCUCCUAUUCCAGAGUCAAGGUUUGAUCAUGAUUCAGAGGUAAGCGUUGAAGAAGGGGAGACCGAGGAUGGUGAAGAUGCCGGAGAUGUUACACCUCAGACUCCCUCUCAUUCAGCUACUCCAGAAGACAACUACGUUCCUGAAUCUCCUCCCAUCUCACCUGUCGAGUUGAAGAAAGAGCUGCCCAAAUACCUGCCCGCUUUACAGGGCUGUCGGAGUGUGGAGGAGUUCCAGUGUUUAAACCGCAUUGAAGAAGGCACUUAUGGAGUCGUCUAUCGAGCCAAAGACAAGAAGACUGAUGAGAUUGUGGCCCUGAAGCGACUGAAGAUGGAGAAAGAGAAAGAGGGGUUUCCAAUUACCUCACUGCGAGAGAUUAACACCAUCCUGAAAGCCCAGCAUCCAAACAUCGUCACCGUCAGGGAGAUUGUUGUGGGCAGUAAUAUGGAUAAAAUCUACAUUGUGAUGAAUUAUGUGGAGCAUGAUCUGAAGAGUCUAAUGGAAACCAUGAAGCAACCCUUCCUGCCUGGUGAGGUGAAGACGCUGAUGAUUCAACUUUUGAGAGGCACACGUCAUCUUCAUGACAACUGGAUCCUUCAUCGUGACCUGAAGACCUCCAACCUUCUACUGAGUCACAAAGGCAUUUUAAAGAUUGGAGAUUUUGGUUUAGCUCGUGAGUACGGCUCUCCCCUCAAGCCCUAUACUCCUGUGGUGGUCACACUGUGGUACCGCUCACCUGAUCUACUGCUGGGGGCAAAGGAAUACUCAACAGCUGUGGACAUGUGGUCUGUAGGAUGUAUAUUUGGAGAACUUCUCACCCAGAAACCUUUAUUUCCUGGAAAAUCUGAGAUUGAUCAAAUUAACAAAAUUUUCAAGGAUUUGGGCUCUCCCAGUGAAAAGAUCUGGCCAGGUUACAGUGAGCUGCCCGCAGUAAAGAAGAUGACUUUUACUGAAUACCCCUACAACAACCUCCGUAAACGCUUUGGAGCGUUGCUCUCCGACCAGGGCUUUGACCUCAUGAACAAAUUUCUGACUUACUGCCCCGCCAAGAGAAUCACUGCAGAUGAAGCCCUCAAGCACGAGUAUUUCAGAGAGUCACCGCUCCCCAUUGAGCCCUCCAUGUUUCCCACCUGGCCGGCUAAGAGCGAGCAACAGCGAGUGAAGAGAGGAACAAGCCCACGCCCCCCAGAAGGAGGCCUGGGCUUCAGUCAGCUGGGUGACGAUGAUCUUAAGGAUACUGGUUUCCAUCUGACCACAGCUAACCAGGGCGCCUCUAAAGCUGGUCCAGGAUUCAGCUUAAAGUUUUGAUUGGCCAUCAGGCACUUUGAUUCAGAGCCAUGAGCGUUAUUUGAAUGAAUGACGUGAUGCUGAGACUCAUUUGAGAAUGAUUGAAAGAGAACAGCACACAGAGCUUCAUCCAGACAGACUCAUUUUUACUGGCACUGAGGACCUACAUGGAGGUUAAGACCUUCACAUUCCUGAUGCUCAUCUGAAUUAUAACAGUGCUGUGUUUUGUUUUGGGUUUUUCUCUUUCCUCUUGUGUUUUUAAUUAGCAGCAAAGCAGAGACAUUGUUUUAUUAGAAGCUGUGCUGUCUAAAAUUGUAGUUGUGUAAUAAGGUCAAAACUCAUUAAUGCUUUAUGACACGUGAAUACGAAAUAAAACUGAUUAAAAAAAACUUUCAGGUUGAUUUUUAUACUAGAUAUUUUUCUCUAGAAGUGAAAGAUUUGAAUUCUGUUCUUAUCGGAAAUCUCUUUGCAGUAGUCAUUCUACAUUAAGAUUUUUAAUCACUUGUUUCCAGCUGUAGAAGAAUCCAUCUCUAACCACAUGAUCUUUUGUUUCCACCUUCUAAAUUGCUACCAUGUCUACAAUCAUCACAGAUUCCAAUGAAAUGUUUAGCUAAACAGUCUGCUGAUGCAUUUUGAUCCUGUGUCCAUUUAUAUCAGAAUACAUCAAAACCAGAACCUACAAGAAAUUCUUAUUGGAAAAUACUGAAUAUCUGGCAAAAUGUUGGUAAAUGCAUUGUGUACAUUGGCAAUAAUGUCCAGUAUAAUACACAGCACACAAGACUUUAUCAGCCCCAUAAUUUAAUUCAGAGGCAACACUUUGCAUUAUGGUUGUAUUUGUUAAUAUUGUAUGAGAAACGGCAACAAAAAAUGUUUAUAGAUGUAGAUGUAAAAGCUUUUACAAAUACAUGUUUUAUCUGUUACAUUAUCUUGGUUAAUGCACAAUGGACUAACACUAACAAUUGUAUUGGCUUUAAAGCUGCUGUUUUUCAUGAUCCCAUUUUUCAAACUUUAGUUGCUAUGUGUAAGGUUGCAAUUAGAGCAUACAUAAUACCAGCUUAAUUAUAAAGCUCAAAGGACUUUCAAUGUUAUAUUUCUUGUUUUUGUGGUGUUGUGCCUAUUUGUACUGUUCUGGUUUUGAACCACUGGAUGGUUGUUUUCAUUCUGCCCCUUUUAUCUCUUAAUAUACCUUUACUCAUUAUGGGCAAAAAGUGCUAUUUCCACUUCAUCAGACACAUUUAGAUGGUAAUUGUAUAAAAGUCAUACUGCUGCAUGUGUUGCAUAGAGUUCCACCUUAAAUUUUCCUAAGCUUAAUCUUCCAUGAAGCUCAUUUGCUGCUUCUAUACAAGCAGCUCUGUCAAACUUUGAAUGUUUUCUUUUCUCUGUUUUCUGGACCUCUACUUAACCUCCAGCAUUUCUAUUAGUUGGCAUUACUUAAUCAAAUGAAGUAGGUUUGGGAGGAGCCUAAACAUUCAGUCCUGUCAAUCAUUUUGAGAACUUAUAUAAGUGAGUCUGUCUCCAUGCCUUCCCAGUGACGAUUCUUCCGGCAUUUUAUUAAAGGUGCCGUAGAAUGUAAAACUGUAUUUAUCUAGGCAAAGAUUAAUAAUAAGAGUUGUGUACAUGGUUAUGACAUAUCAUGAGCCUCAUGUAAACCUUGUGCAUGCAAAAGACCGCUGGAAAACAGACCAAUCUCAACAUGACAGCAACUGUGCAAAACAGUCGAGAUGUACUGAAUAAAGAUAUUUUGGUAAUAAAUGGCA